GCGCAGAAUGUAUGAAGGAUAUAUUUUAUAAUUAGGAAGAAUGUCGAAACCCUGAAAUAAACCGAUACCACUUGCCAAAUUUCAUUUUCUCAUUAAAUACAUAAUAUUAGUGCGAUAAAUGUCUUUAUGAUAAGAGUGUUGUACGCACCUCAAAAUCUAAGAAGACGUCUGGUAAAAAUAUGAUUAUUAUCUGCUUGGUGCUUAUUGCAUGAUCUCAAUUAUAUGGUUAACAAACGAUUUACCAAUGUUAUAACAGGAUUUUAUCGAAAUAAAAUCAACUUCUAUCGCCAUCUUAUUUUCUUUUUUCUCAACUGCACGUUUCAAACAAAAGACGAUCGGAGGGGGAGAGGGUUAUAAGGAAAAAUCUUCACUAAGCCAUCGGAAUCAUUGCACAGAUAUGAUGAUCGUGAGACAACUUUGAUAUCCGACUGGCAGAUCGUUCGUCUGGAGCAACGUAACACUGUGUUUACCAACUUGUUUCACCUGUCACUAACCAGCUGAACUGCGUAUGUCCUAUUCGUCCGAAACGUUCAAUACACGAAGGAGCAAGAGAGAAAGUAUAUCAUUGGAAUGAUGUCCGAAAACACACAAACGGGAGCCAUGAACUAUGACAACCUCGCGUUAAAAUGCUGGCUUUACUGCAUCGGACCAGUUCGCCGUUGCGAAGAGUUGAAAAAGUUGAAAGCGGACCUACAGAAUCUUGGAUUAUCACGUAAACAGGUACAUCAAGGCUUGAUACAAAUAGCGACGAAACCGCAUGUAGUCCUUACGCGGCAGAUACCAUAUAGAAGAUAUAGAUUUAAAAACUUGUCGAAAGAUGAAAGAGAAAAGAAUAUCAUUGAUAAUCUCAGAAGAAACGCUUUAAAUUUGUGUCCGCAAAUUGAAGAUAUACAUAAAUCAAACACGACGGAAAUAAUUAUCAAAGAAGAGAGCAAAUAUAUAAAAAAAGCGGAUGGUGUGACAGCACAUGAAACUGCAUUGAUAAGCAGCAAUCGAGAAUUAUUCAUACCAAACAUAUGUUAUAAGUUAAAAAAUCCAUUAGCAACAAUGCAUUCCUUUGAUGAAACGCUAAAACAGUUGGAUGAAAGUAUUUCCUCAAAAAUGGAAGUGGAUGAAAAAUCCACUAAUGUAAAAAAACUGGAAAAUGAUGUAGUUUCAAGUAAAAAAUGUGAUAAAGAUGAAAAUCAUCAUUGUAUUCGUGAACAUAAAGAUACUCAAAAAAUCCAAAAAAUUCCUAAUUUAAUAUCGGACAAAGUAGGUUCAAACAAAAUAUUAAUGUUUAAUAAAUAUAGAAAAAAACACGUUGAACCUAAAUUGAAACUAAAUUCUUUUUUUGCCAAGAAGGCAAGUGAUUCUAUAAAAUCAGACGAUUAUAAGAAAGUAGAUAAUAUUAAAAGCACAAAAUCGGAUAUCGGCAAAAAAUUACAUAAUGGUAAGAAGCUUAUAGAUAUGAAAGUGAAUUCUAUACCAGACAAAAAUACAUACUCUAAACAUGAGGACAGUACAUUAAAUUGUAGCCAUAACACUGAAGAAGUAACAAAGAUGAGAGAAAAUACAGAUAAAAGAAAGCUGCAUAAACUAAUAGUUUCAGAUAAGCAUAAAGAAAUUAUCAAAAAAAAAAGAAAAAUAAAAGAUAGAUUUCGAACAUAUUUUGGGGACUGUAUAAGUAUUAGUGAAGAUGAACAAGAGCAAAAUAUUAUAGAAGAAAGAUUUAGAAAGACAAGGAAAAAGGAUUUUGUUGAUUCUUGUAAGUCUGAAGUGCAUGUUGCUGAAAGAAAUAUAACUAUGACUGCUGCCCAUGUCGAUAUAAUUCAGAAAUCAAAUGAAGAUACAUCUCAGGGGAUCAUUGCUAAUGUUGAUAUAAGUCAUAAACCAAAUGAUGAUAUAUCUCAAGGGACCAUUACUAAUCUUGAUAUGAUUCAUAAAUUGAAUAAGAAUACAUCUCAGGAGACCAUUGUCAAUGUUGACACAAAUUAUGGAUUAAAUGAAGAUACAUCUCAAAGGAUCAUUGUCAAUGUUGAUGUAAUUCAUGAAUCAAGUGAAGACACAUUUCAGGGAAUCAUUGCCAAUGUUGAUACAAGUCACAAAUCAAAUGAAGGUACAUCUCAGGGUACGAUUGGCAAUAUAAUUCAGAAAUCUGAUGAAGAUACAUCUCAGAGGAUCAUUGUCAAUGUUGAUGUAAUUCAUGAAUCAAAUGAAGAUACAUCUCAGGGAAUCAUUGCCAAUGUUGAUACAAGUCAUAAAUCAAAUGAAGGUACAUCUCAGGGUACGAUUGAUAAUAUAAUUCAGAAAUCAGAUGAAGAUAGAUCUCAGGGGACUAUUGUCAAUGUCGAUACAAUACACGAAUCAAAUGAAGUUACAAGUAAUGCAAAUAAUAAAUCUACUAGUCAAAUUGAAAGUGCAACAAAUUUUGUGGAAAUUGAAUGUAAUAAAUUACAAAAUAAUACAUAUGAAAACAAAACACAUGAUAUUGAAAUAGAGAAAAAAGAAUUAUCUCGAAAUAAGAAGUUCACUAAUUUUUCUGAGAAGAAUAAUAUUGAGAAAAGUAAACAUGCAUCAAGUGUCACAGAUAUGUUCCAAAUAACUGAGCAAUCAAAAAUUAGUGUUUCUACAGCAAAAAUGAAAGCAACAUCAGAGAUAAAUAAUAUAUUACCUUCUGAUAUUCCGGAAAUUUGUAUCCCAAGUCUUGAUACAGUAGCUAUAAGUAAAAAUUUUUCAGGAUCUGAAAGAAGUAAUUUAGAUACAAAAGAUUUUAAUGAUCUUCAUAUGAGAUUUUUGAAAACUUGUCAGAUUGGAUCAAAUGGAAAUAUUCUUAGUAUUCGAGAAAUUGACAUGAAUGGAGAUGUUGGUGAAAGUUCAAAUUUAAAAAAAUUAUCAGAAAUACAAAUUAAUUGUAAUCAAAGUAUUACAGAAGAAGUAUUAAAUUAUAUUGAAGAAGAUAAAAAAGUACAAUUAUCUUCUAAUACAAAUAAAACUGAUAAUGUUAUUUCUACAAAUAAUAUAUCUAAUGUGAAAAAUAAUGAGAAUGAAUUAGCAGUGGAAAAUUCUGGAUUAAGUAUCUCAGAAAAGAAAGACAUUCAAUCCAAUAAGUUACCUCAAGCUAAAUUAAGAGUUUUAACUUGUGCAGAACUAGGUGCCAGAUGGUGCCCCACACCUGUAAACAGUGUUACUCCUACUGUUGUUCAAUUUUCACAUAAUACAGAAACUCAAACAGCACCCGAAAUAAUAGUUUCAACUCCUGCACCUGUAUCUGAAACUGCUAGUCGAACAAAUUCUGUGAAUAUGAAGAAUUGUCAUAUGGAUCCAACAUUUUCAAAAUCUUUGUAUGUUAUUUUUAAAAAGAUACGUAGUAUAAUUUGGAAGAUACGGAAAUCUUCAAUUACUGAUGUAAGUUAUGAUAAAAUGUUAAAUAACCAAUUCCAAAACAUAAGAAAAAUAUUGAAUACUGACGAUUAUAUUGAACUAAUAAAAAGAGUUAUAGCUAUACUUAACAAAGAAAUGUUAAUAAUUCCACCACUAUCAUUAAACGAGUUGUUUUGUUAUGCACCAUCAGUCAAAUCCUAUUAUUUCGAUAUUUUAAAUAACCUGAAUGAAUGUCGAACUGUAAAAUCUGUAGGUGUUCCAAACCAAAUAACAUUGAAUCAAAAUAGAUUUUGCGAUGCACAAGUAUCACAGAAUAUAUGGGCUUCAUCUGUACAAUCCAGGUUACAAUAUUUACUUUCUAUUUCUUCUGAGCAAGGUCAAACACUUCGCCUUAACAUUGUUCCAAACCAACCUCAGCAGAAUUUUCAAGAGCAAAUACCUUUGCAAAAUAAUGUUCUUCAAAGCAAUGUAUUGGUAAAUCCCAUUACUGUGAAUAAUAACAGCCAUAAUAAUAAUAUGCAUCAACACACUUACAGAAUGCAAGUGCAUGCAAAUUUUACUCAACAAAAUGUUUCAAAUGUUAAUUUUGCUAAGCAGAAUCUAGUAACAAAUAUGCAUGUUAGGCAAAGCUAUCCUUUGCAAUAUUCCUUAUUUCCACCUACUGGAAGAAAUCAAUUAGGGGGAGUACAUGCUUCUGUACCAUCAUCUAUAUCUGUACCAUCAUCUGCAUCAUCUAUAAACCAACAAUAUGUUUCAUCUAUUUUUAUACCACAAACAAAUACAUAUUCUAAUGUAAAUGUACCAAAUUAUACCAUACAGCAAAAUAUGAACUUAAUACAUAUGUCGCAGGGGAGGACUCAGUUACAAGAUGUCUCACAAUCUGUAUCACCAAAUCAUAACAUACUACAACUUGUACAGCAAAAUAUGAACUCAACAUAUAUGUCACAGGGGACUCAGUUACAAGGUGUCUCACGAUCUGUAGCACCAAAUCGUAACAUACCACAACCUGUACAGCAAAAUAUGAACUCAACACACAUGUCACAGGGGACUCAGUUACAAGGUGUCUCACGAUCUGUAGCACCAAAUCGUAACAUACCACAACCUGUACAAACUAUGGUUGCAGCGAAUAUAUCACGUUCUGUACUAAAAAAUUCACAAUACAUUGAACAGAAACAUCAAAAAGUAAUCCCUCAAAAAAGGAUACCAAUGGAAGUUUCACAAAAUCGUACAUCUGAACAAGUAGCACAGUCUCAACAAUUAAAGAAAAGUACACUCAGACGAUUAAAGAAGAAAGAAAAUCUGCAAGUUUCACUAGAAUCAACAACAAAUCUAUUCGAUAUAUUGAAAUAUAUCUCUGAUAUUCAAAAACUUAUAUUACUGAAACAACUAGACUACUACUUUGGUUGUACCACUUGGUUACAACAACAGUUUACUUCAGAAAAAUGGCAAGAAAUUCAUUCAGAGAGAUCUCUAUUACUUCAUUUCCAAACACUCCUAAAACAUCUAGUAGAAAAAACAAUAAAAAACCUUUUACCAGAUAACUAUCAAACAAAUAUACUUAAAAAUAUUGAAAUUGAUGUUCCAAAAGUGAUACAAAUUACAGUAAAAGGAAACAAUGGAAUAUGCUGUCAAGUUGAAGCAUCUAAAAGUAACCAAGAACAGUAUAAUGCAAUGAAUAUUAAACAAAAUUGCACAAAUUAUGAAGAAAAUUCAAAUAUUACAAUAACACAAAACCAAUGUGAAAAAGAACAUGAAGCAACUGAUAAUUCACAGACAAAUAGUUCUUCAAUUAAGAAGAAUUUACAAAGUCAUCAAACAUCAGACGUUGAUGUAUGUCAAGAGAAUAAAGUGGAAAGGAAACCAAACAGCUCUAGAAAUAUAUAUAAUUCAAAGACCAAAGAACAGAAUUUAGAUGAGUCAAAAAAGAUAACUGAAAAUAUUCCUCAAGUAGUCACAGAAAAGUUAUCAACACUAUCAAAUAUGAAAUUACUUAAUAAAGAUACCCUGCAGCAGUUAAAUUCUCAUCUAGUUACUGUAGAAAUUUCUUCUAAGAAUGAUCAGGUAACUGUUGUUGAUACUAAUGCUAAUAGUGAAAAUACAUCAAAAUCUAUAGAACCUGAAGAAUAUCAAGAACAUCAACACUUAAAAGGUACCAUUACUGAUGACUUAACAGUAUCUUCAUUCAAAUCUCCAAAUAACAUUGAAUAUUUUAAUAAUAAGGAAUCGCACAACAUUUCAUUAGAGAGAUCUCCUACAACUUAUAUUAAGGAUGUUAGAAGUAUAUCAAUGGAAGCAUAUUUAAGAAUUGGUGUAACUAAUAAUGUUCCUGCAAAUACUAUGGAAGAAAAUAUUGAAGAGGAAGAAAUUAAAAUAUGCUUAUAUUGUGGCAAACCUAGUACUGUAGCAUGUAUAAUUUGUUUAGAAGCUAAAUAUUGCUCUAAAGAAUGUUCUCAAUUGCAUUGGGGAGAUCAUUAUAAAGACUGCUCACCUGUAGAAAGAAGUAUAUCUUCAUAAUUGAAACUUAGUAUUAUUUGUUAUCUUAUUGUCACAAGAACCUACAGCUCUACACAACUAUAGUUUUGUGUUAAUCAGUAUUGAUGUCUUUGGUUAAAAUAUAAGGAUAUUAAUAUAGAUUUUCUUUAUUAAUGUUAUAAAUUAUUAUUUUUGACAAAAAAAUGAACAGAUGUCUAUUGUAUUUAGAUAUAAAAAAUAAACUUCUCAAAUAAUAAGUUGAAUUGUUUUUAAUAUGUAAUUAUAGAUAUAUGUGAAUUCUGAUCAAGUAAAUAUAUAUACACUUCACUAAAUUCAAAUUUAUUUUUUUAUGUUUUCAGCAAUACAGAUUAAACACAUACAAACUACAUACUAAUUUUAUUCUCUAAUUCUCUUCGUAACCAAUACCAGGUAUAUAAUUUUUUUUCGGAUUAUGAAAGAGUGAAUGUUUUCCAUCCUUCCAUGGGAAAGCCUACACAAAGACAAAAAUAAUUAAAUCUUGCGACAGUAUUUAGUACUUUUGCAACUAUUUUAGUAUUUUUAAUUAUUUUUUUCUUCCUAUUUAAAUCUUACCUUAUUCAUUAUUUUCAUAUAUGGAUACUGAAUGAACUCCGGAGCUGGUUCAUGAUUUUCUUCAAGAACUUUGAUAUAGCAAUUAACCAUAGAAACUCCCAAUAAAGGAAUACCCACAAAAUAGGUAAUAAGCUUAAAUAUUUUAACAGUAUCUAAAAUCAAAUGGAAUGACAAAUUAUACUUAUGUAACCAUAGAUUUCUAACUUUUAAUAGAAUUACAAAUUUUCACAUUAAUGCUAAAACAGGAUAUAGAUAAGGAGUACUUUUUAUUUCAGAUUUUGUAAUAAAAUACGCUUUGAUGAAGUAAAAAGUUUAAAGAAUCAGAAAUCUUUCAUUUUCACAUUUUUCCGUGCCAUUAAAAAUCUUGUAAAUGGAAUUUUUCAUAAUUUACCGUUGGAAACAGGAUGUUGACGUCCUUCUACUGUUCUUAUAUAUUCUGCCAUACCCCGUGUAAAAGUACGGCCAAAUUGGCCUACCCUUAGUAUCUUCGACAUUUUGCGAGGAACAGGAGUA